AUGGUGCUGAGGUUAGGCAGCUGGGCUGCCCUGGGGCCUUUCCUCUCCCUGCUCUUUUCUACCAGCAUGGCGUACAUUGCUACCAGAGAAAACUGCUGCAUAUUAGAUGAACGAUUUGGUAGCUACUGCCCAACAACCUGUGGCAUUGCAGAUUUCUUUAAUAAAUACCAUCUCACUAUGGAUAAUGAACUGCAGGAAAUGGAGAGAAUUUUGCGGCAAAUUGCUAACUCCACAGUAACAGCAGAACAUUUGAUUCAACACAUCCAAAGCCUCUAUCCUCCAGAAAAGCAGACACUACCAAAUUCCAUUGAUGGUUUUACUCAAAAGUCCAAGAAAAUAAUUGAAGAAAUUAUAAAAUAUGAAAACACUAUUGUGUCUCAUGAAAAUACUAUACAACAGUUGACAGAUACACAUAUAUUGAACAACAACAAGAUUACACAGCUGAAACAGAAGAUUGCCCAGCUUGAGUCACACUGUCAGGAGCCGUGCAGAGACACGGCUGAAAUACAGGAGACACAAGGAAGAGAUUGUCAAGACAUUGCAAAUAAAGGUGCCAGAAAAAGUGGUCUUUACUUUAUCAAGCCUCAGAAAGCCAAGCAGUCAUUCCUAGUCUACUGUGAGAUUGACUCAUAUGGCAACGGCUGGACAGUAUUACAGAGGAGACUGGAUGGGAGUGAGGACUUCAAGAGAAAUUGGGUUCAGUACAAGGAAGGAUUUGGACAUCUGUCUCCAGAUGAUACCACUGAGUUCUGGCUGGGCAACGAAAAAAUUCAUUUAAUAACUACGCAGUCCACUCUGCCAUAUGCCUUACGAAUAGAACUGGAGGACUGGAGUGGCAAAAAAGGUACUGCUGACUAUGCUGUAUUCAAAGUGGGAAGUGAAGCUGACAAGUAUCGACUGACUUAUGCCUACUUUCUCGGUGGCGAAGCCGGGGAUGCCUUUGAUGGCUUUGAUUUUGGAGACAAUCCAAGUGACAAAUCCUUUACCUCUCAUAAUGGCAUGCGGUUCAGUACCUAUGAUAACGACAAUGAUAACUUUGCUGGCAACUGUGCUGAGCAAGAUGGAUCUGGAUGGUGGAUGAAUAGAUGUCAUGCUGGCCACCUCAAUGGCAAAUAUUAUAUAGAUGGUGUCUACACAUCGAAAGAUGCUGGUCCAUCUGGAUAUGACAAUGGCAUUAUCUGGGCAACCUGGCGUGACCGGUGGUACUCCAUGAAGAAAACUGCAAUGAAAAUUAUCCCAUCCAACAGACUGUCAAUAGAUGGACAGCAGCACAACUUAGGCAGCGUCAAACAGGUUUGA